ACGCGCCUAUGAUGCCUCUAAAUGCUGUCUCGGCAGGCAGCUCACUAGAUUUUGAGACAGAGCUUUAGUCUUCCCGUCUCUGGCGAUCAGAAGAGACCGACACACACUCCGACAGAAGACCGUUCUCCUCUGUCUGAUUACAACAAUUACGAUUUUCAAAGAUGCAGAGAAUAUUGAACUCCACCGUCCCAUUCUCUCAUUUGGCCCAAAGUGAAAUCAAAGGUCUCAGCUGUCUCAGCUCCAGCCAAGCCUCCCUUACGGAGAGUAAAGGAGGAGAGGUUGACAAAAUGGAUCAGUUGACCAGUUCCUUCCUAUGGAAGGUCAUCUGUCAUGGAACUGCCAAACAAGUGGACACAUUCUGGACACAUGGGAUGGAGAAACCAUCCAUUAUUGCCCAGGCAGAGUGUGAGUCCCAGGAUUCACAGGAGUUCUGCCCCAAUGGCAGCCACAAAAAUGGCCCACAUAUUAGCAUGUCCUCCUCGUCCCUUCUUGGCUCCGUCUCCCGCAGUCGGGCCAGAAAGAAGCGGCGUAAGAGACAGAGGCGGCAGAUACAGCGAGAGAAGGAAAACCGACAAAGAGACCGAACGCUCACUGGAGUGCAAGAACAGGACAGCGGAGAGUGCCUUUCAUCUCUUAAUCAGGUUAGAGACCCAGUGUGCAUCAGCAGUAGCAAUACAUACAGCAGCAGUACCCUAAGCACUGAGAGGGUGUCCGUGCAGGAAACAGAGGGCCCAUCGUACUCUUAUCAUUGGGAGUCCCGACGGACCUCCUUAACGAGAAUUUCCUCCUGCCAGAGCUACGACCAUGAGAGCAAAGAGCUGAAGUCUCUACUGAGAAGUGAGACUGAAUGUCCCCUGGCUGUUACGGCCCUGAGGGACUACGUAACAACAGAAGAUCGCUGCUUUGUAUACAGCUUUAUCAAAGACGUGGUGAGGGAGGAGAGAGAGAGGGCUGAGGACGAGAGAGAGGAGAGUGACAAGAAUGAAGGGAUCCUGUUUAAAGAGGGGCUACAACCGGUGAAUUACGAGUACAGAGAGGGACGGGAGUAUGAAUGCUGUAAAUUUCUAAAGCAGGGCUCCUUCGGAGAGGUCUACAGCAUCAAAGACAAAGGCACCGGCUUUAUCUGUGCUGCCAAAAAGGUGCCGUUAGUAAGUUUCAGCAGUGAGGAGGUGGGCUCGUGGAGUGCCCUGCAGUCUCCUCGGGUGGUGGAACUCUUUGGAGUGGUGCGUGAAGGUCCAUCCAUCAUCCUCUUUAUGGAACUCAAAUCCAGUUCUCUGGGGCAGCUGGUGGAAGAGAGAGGCCGUCUUCCAGAGGAUCUUUCCCUGCACUACCUUCAGAAGGUACUGGGAGCGCUAGACCACCUGCAUAAGAAGCGUGUUCUUCAUCUGGACAUCAAAGCUGAUAAUGUUUUAUUGUCAGAGGAUGGAAAAGAUGCAUUUCUGUGUGACUUUGGACAGUCAGAGAGAUUAGAUAAGCAAGGACUUAUUUUUUGUCAAGAGCUUAAAGGUACAGAGACUCAUAUGGCACCUGAGGUGGUGCUCAAUAAACCCCGUUCUUCAAAAGCAGACAUAUGGAGUAGCUGCUGUAUGCUUCUGCACAUGCUCAACGGCUGUCAUCCAUGGACCCGCUAUUAUUCCCGCCCACUCUGCCUCAAGAUAGCUAAAGAGCCACCGCCACUAAGGGAAAUUCCAAGUGACUGCAGCUCCCAUACUGCUGAUGUCAUAAAAGCUGGACUUCAUAAAGAUCCAAUCAAACGAGCCUCUGCCAAAGAUCUCAUCUUAAAAACAGCGAAAGCACUUGAAGGAGUUGGGGGACUCCGCAGCCCUGCAAGAGGAGGAACCUAUCAGAAGCCACUGGGGAAGCCAGAGAAACCUGACCCCGCCCAUUCAACCACACCCACCACAUCCCACUACACCACCUCCUCCCAUAGCUCUCAGCUGCAGCGGAUGCACUCGGAGCAGAAGAGGAAAGAUGGUGGUGAGGAAGAUUAUGAGAAACCAGUGGAAAAACAGUGGAAACAGACAGAAGAAGAGAGAAGAGAUGAGGGCCACUCUCCUCCAAAGUCACUGCUCCACAUUCAAGCCACUUCACCCGAACCACCAAUAAUCAACAAGACUGAGCCAGAACCCACAGUGCCUGAGCAAGAGCUAUGGAAACUAGAGAGAGAUUUCUUUCUGAGCAGCCUUUCCCAGCCUCAUUCUGCUGAGCUACAGGAGCAGCUGCUCUCUUGCCUUGGUAGUGACUGCCUCUCCACUAGAGAAUACUGGGACAAGAAGGAUUCGGGACGUUGGUCAGUCGGUCCUGGAGAUGACCUCAGUUCGGGUGUGUUUUCUUACAACAGCCAACAAGAUGGCCAGAGCUUCAGCAGGGACUGGCUUGUCCCCGUGCAUCAACCUCCUCCUCGGUGCUUUGAGGGAGUGGAUGUUUAUAUCAGGGACUUUGAUGGGAAAUGCUUUCAUAUUCGGGAGACGCCCAGGGUGAAAGUAGGCCACAUUGCAAGAGGAAUCAGUGAUCAGAUCUCAGAGAGCGUAUUCAGCCUGCAAACAGAGGAUGGUUGCCUGGUAGCCCAUGACAAAGAGGUUCAGGAAAAAAGCCUCUUCUUGCGUUGUGUCCCUGCUCUGAACUGCAACCAUCAUCAUCAGCAUAGGCACAACCCCUGCUGCACACUUGCCCCAGACUGUGGACACGCCUCUUGCUGCAAAAUGCCAUGGAGUUGGAGGAUCAGAGAGGGAGUGCUGGAGACCAGAGACUGAUCUCUUCAGUCCCAGAUGAGUUUCUAUAAAACGUCCUGUCUAAGAUGACUUGGAAUUAAAACAAUACAUUUAAUUUUUUUAAACAUAGUAUGCUUAUUGCAGUUUAACUGUGUGCCGUCUAUGUCUGUAGCCAUCUGUCGGACUUUCUUGAGCCAUUGUCAUAUUAUUGGUUUACAUUCUUACUGUUUUAAAAUUGUUUAAAAGAACUAUGCAGUUCUUGCCUCCCUGUGUUGUUAAAAUUAUUGUAAGCCUUCAAGUCUUUUUGAUUCAUAGCAAGAUACAUUUAAAGACUUUUGUCAAUCUAGUGCCUUACCCCAAAGCACUUAUUAAUUAGUUUACAAUGUCAGAAUGAUCUACCUGUGUAACAUGUGUAGAUGCAUAUCCAGCUGCCUGAAAUUGUUUUUAGAAGAUUUGUUUUUUUUUUUUUUUUUGAUUGUGAUUGUGAAGGAAUGUUUUACAUUUUUGUGUUAAUAAAAGGAAACAUAUUCUUUACAUUUUA